GCUGGAUGGCGCUGUUGCGAUCCGGUUACAUUUACACAUUGCGGCUAUGAGUGGGCAUGUACAUGUGUGUGUGUUUAUGUGUGGUGUGAGGCACAUUCAGCAGACAGAAACCCCACGCUGCCUCCAGCUUUCAGCGCUGCGAGGAGAAUCCAAGUCCACUCAUGUCUGCAGCUCAUGAAUAAAGCAGCGAUGGAGCAUCGAGGAGGGAAAUUCAGCGACAAAGUAAAAGACAAUCCUACUGCGCCUUCAUGGAGCCAAAAUGGCGCCACGGAGGAAGAGUAUGGAUGUCCGGACGGUCCCGAUGAAGAUAAACGGGUCAAGAGAGUCUUGUGGGCCGCGAAACCUGCCGAAGAACAGCCACGACUGAACUUCCACAUCCCCCGGAAGAGCAAAGAAAAGAGAGCUCUGUUUCAGUAUGUGUCUACGGACUCCAGAGAGUUUUCUGACAUCCUGCAGAUCCUCACCUCCAGUUACAAGGACUCUUCCUCAGCAGGGACGUUUGUGUACUCCAAACCUCGCCUCGUCCACAGUGAACCGCUGGAGAAAGAUUUCAUGGAGAAGAGAAGGGAACUCAAGCAGGAUGGGCGCACAGAGAAAGAGCUGUCUGAAUCAUUCUGCUUCCUGCUUUGUGAUGAUCAAAAGAUUUCAGUGGUGUGUGAGAGAGGUCUGUCUGUUGGCAGCAGCUGGAUGAAUAUGUUGGGGAAUCCAUCUAAAGGUGUUUACCUGUGUCAGUUUUCUGAUUUACUUCAAAUAAGCCCCAUCGAGCCUGGAUCCACAGGAAACAUCAUCAUAUUUAAAGUUAUAAAGGGAAAAGUCAAGAGUGUACAUGAUUGUAUGUCGAGAAGUAUGGAUCCUACACCUAAAUUUGACAGCCAUUUCUCCAAGAACUCAACUCGAGUGACAUCCUUACAGGCGUACAGGGCAUUUGAGUAUACUCAGCAAUAUUUCUACGAGUAUGUGGAUUUCGACAUUUCAUCCAGGCCGAGACAUGUGUGUCCGUAUGCUGUGGUUUCUUAUUACUUUAAAAGCAAAGAGGCUUUGACGGUCGCCCCCAAACCGCUUCCUCCUCUCAGGACCAGUCAGCCAUCAGGGGUGAGCAGAGGUAGGCGCAGCUACACGGUAUGGCGGGGACAUUUUGUGAAUGGAGGAAAAGACGUGUACCAGGCCUGCCUUCGAUCGCUCUCUCAGCCUUUCCUGCCCUACAAACUGCCAGAGAAGAUUGAGAUCGGUAAAGUCAUGAGCCUGGUGCAGGUGAAGCAGAAAAUCCCGCCUGCCCUUUUCUCCUGGAAUCUCUACGCAGGCAGCCAUGAAGUGUCUAAAAGUGGCAUGUUCUGCAGUCUGUUUGACGUGGUGGAGAAAGACAAAUCUCCAAAGAGUUUGACCGCACUGCUGCAGAAACUGGAGGAAGAGGGUCUGGUGUUGGUGAAUAUGGUGAAGGACAGAGGUUUUCUCUUCUUGCUUUCUGCCAGUCAAAUGACCAACUCAAGUGAGCGACGAGGCGGUUGGAAAAUGUCCUGUAUACAAGCACUUUUUAUUUACCGUGAGAAGCGUGACUUGUUAAAGAGCUCAUCAACUCCCUGCAAGCCUGUGUCAUCAGAGCAUUGGGGUCCCAUCAUGCCCCAGCAUGAUUCUUUCAUCUCCGCUCUUCACUACACCCUCAGCAAGGCUCGAAGUGACCCUCCUGCUGACCUCAGCACCACCAUAGAGCAGCAGGUUUACGACUACCUCACAAACUUCCAUGAAGGCAAACCAAUACAGCGCAUUAGGACAGACUACGAUUCCAAACUGGAUGUCAGGGAAAAGCUCUUCCCUGCACCCAGGCAGAAGACAAACUGGGAGGCCUUCAUGCGGCCCUACAUCUACAACCCUGCCGUGUUCGCAAUAGUUCUGGAGAACGUGAAGAAGAAGGUGGAAGAGUUCCGGGUUCAGACCAACCUGAGCGCUGAGAAAGCACCCCCUCAUGAUAACCCAGAGAAAGUGAAAGAGCUACUGAAGCUCAUUCAGCUGAACAAGAAGAGCUCAAAAGGAAAGGCAGGAGGUCCAGAGGCGAUGGAGGACACCUAUGCACUUAAGAGGAAGGUAGAUCUUGACGCCCUUGAAGGAAGCUCAAAACGCCAGAGAAAUCAACCCAAUGAAGAAUUCAGGGAAGCAGACGAGAGGCAGUCCACUCCACGUCUCGCCAAUGUUCUGAGCAGUGUCGGCAUUCAGGACACUGACCUGAGGAAGGAUAAAUCUCAGAGUGCGCUGAAAGUCAUGGAGAUGCUAGACAGCCUUGGAAAGACCAGUCUUGACACAGACUUGCGCAAAGACAAGACCCAGGGGGCGCUAGAGGUCAUUAAGCUGAUAGACAACCUGACCAGGGUCACCACAGAACCACCUGAAAACACAGAGAUGGACACAACAGACAUUUCUGACACUGCUCUGUUCGACAGCAUGUUAAGACUCGGCCUCCCGACUGACCGUGACAUUGACCUGAGGAAAAGAUUCAUGGAUGACGAACCAGAGAGGACCGACUGUCUUGAGGAGGAGACCGCAGGUAGCUUGAGUAGUUUAGAAGCAUUUAGCCCUUGUUCAGAUUCUGGUGGACAGCAGCGUGGCAUUAACCUGCUCGGGGAAAAGACAAUCCCAUGGGUACUAAUACCCAUCACAGGUCUGAAAACAGAAAGAUAUUCCCAAAGAAAGAUGGACUAUCCUGAAGAUCCACGUUUCCUUCAGAGCCCAGUUGUGUCUACACACACCACACCUGACAAGAAAGAUCUCUCACCCCCCUACCAGCCUGACAGCAGCAACAUAGUAGUGGAUCUGGAUGUACAGACUGCAGCAGAGGUUGAGGAUGAAGACCCUGUUCCUGCUGUUGUGACCACUAUUAGCGAUUGUCCUGCAAAUGAAGUUGACCACAUAGUCGAUGAGCAAAUCUCUGGCUUUUCCAGUGAGGUUGAGCAGCUCUUGAGGGGCAAUAAUAUUUAUUAUGUUUCUUGCUUAAGCACUCAGGGCUCACGAGAACCUCCCCAGACUCCAGUUCUACCACUUUCUGAUUAUGUCUCAAACUUCAACACUCCGUUUCCUGUCUGUAACUACAUCAGCUCUUUCCAGGACAGCCUGAAGAUGUUCAUAGAAUCCCAGAAUGCCAGUGGACCCCAUGCAGCUCAAGAAGAUGUGUUUUCAUCGUCUUCUGCGACAGAAGUUACUUCAAAUGUCCCUGAUACGUCCUCCAACAUUAAUCCUUGUGCUUCCUCGUCUUCAACCACUAAACCCAACACGUUUGAGUCAUCUCUGAGACCAUGUUCCCCUUCUAUUCUGAAACCAUGUUCCCCUUCUAUAUCUGACUCAAUGACACAACUGCAACAUCGGUCAAGUUUACCUGAGCCUGAUGUCCAUGAACUUUCCCAAAAGAUGUGUCCAUUAGAGGAGGACUCAGUGUGCCAAAAGACCCUGGAAGCAAAUAUCUCUAAUAAUCUUCAUCAAAGCUCACAUGAGAUGAAUGGUAGUUCGUUUGCUGAGACUACGGAAGCUGUGGAGGGGCAAUUGGCACACCCUGCCGUGCCAGCUGAAGACGCCCCGAUGGAACACGCACAUUCCGCCAUCAGCAGUAUCAUUGAUCAGCUACAGCCAGAGGUGAUCAGUAACCUGGUGGAGAUCCUUAAAGGAGUUCAGAAGAACUCAGUUCACUUCUACAUCCAUUCCAUGGAUGAGGAGGAGAGUGACGUCUGCUGGGAAAUAAAGGAAUAUUUGAAAAAGUUGGGGGAUUUGGAGUGUAACCCUCAUAGUUUCCUUGAAAAAAGCAGUAGUCAAGAUAAACUACUGGUCAUCAUUCAGAAUAUGGACAUCGCCACACAAGUUCACAAGAUACCUUCUUUAGUUUCCUUGAAGAAGCAUCCAUCUGUGAGCUUUGCUGGUGUAGACAACCUGAGUGACAUUCAGAACCACACCUACAAUGAACUCUUUCAGUCGGGGGGUUUCAUUGUGUCAGAUGAACAUGUUUUGAAUCCAGCCGUCAUCACAGCAGAGAAACUUCAAGAUAUCCUUCAGCACAUUGAGCAGCUCAACUCUCCACAGAACCCCUGGAGGUGGAGGAUACACUUCAAAUCGCACAAGAAACUCAGAGAGCACAGCAGGCUUAAAGCUGAUGCUUUGAACCUGUACGAGAUCCUCACUGCUUAUGAGAAGAGACAUAUUGUGGAAAUCCUGUCGUACCAUGACUGUGACACUCCGUCACAUAGAGCACCUGACCUUGAUUGUCUAGUGGAUCUGCAAGCAAGAUUCAUCAAGCAACGACACCUGAUAUUUCUCACAGGCUUCCAAUUUGAGAUGUUUCCCCACUACUCAAGCAGUGGCAUCAUUAUUGCCAAUGUUGAUGACGUAAAGUUUGUAAUAAGCAGUUUAGCCAGUGGAGAAAAUGUGGACACCAUUCCGUCUGCUGAGAUUUACCCCACUCCUGAUCCAGCGUCAUGUAAGUGAUUCUGUGGUAAAACCAUCUGACAACAUCAAAACUACGUCUUGCUCUCAUUGUGAUUGUACGUGGAAUCUAAAUGAGUAUCCCAGUCGAUCUGCUGCCACCAUGAUCCUUCCAUGUCUCCUGAAUGACCUUUAUUAUUCAUCAUAGAGGCGAGGCCAGCUAAAACUCAGUGACUCCAAGUCCAGGAAAUGCAUUAAUGUCCAUGAACUGAUGAACAAUCAAAAUAUAAAAUAACAGGACAAAAUGGUGUUUUCUGAAAGUUAAAAGAGGUACUGAACAAAAACAGCUCACAAACACACAGUGGCAUUAUGCCAUAAUAACGACCACAAUAGAAAGCAAGGCAGAGGAAAGGAGUGGAAGGACAUGGAUGAACACCCAAUAGAUAUCUUGUUUACCUUUGGGAUCAACAGGUCUUUUGUAUACAUUCACCGCUGAAUAUAACCAUGGCAUUUUUGUAACCACACUUGCCAAUGAAUGUAAAAUUUUAAGUACCUUGAAACUGUAUCAAAUAUUUUUUUAUCCUUUUAUAUUUUUUGUCCCAAUAAUAAUGGGAUUAUAAUGUUUUCAUACGAGAUGAGCCAACAACACCUGUCACAGAAAUGUUAAGAUGUUGUGAAUUUCUUCCUAAUACAUUAAUUUUGGUAUUUAAAGGGGCUAUAUGUAGAAUUCAGAAACCCUUGUUAUUGGUGACACCGGUGGCCGUUUAAGUUAACUGCAGCCAGUAACUUAAUGCUCGCUCUCGUGCUCGCGCACACGUAACGUAUAAGAGACUGAACGCGAUUCAAGGCCCUGAUAUUCUCACAGUGAAGUUCUUUUUAGAUCUUUGCAUGACACAUUGACAUUACAGUACAGAAUGGCUCUUUCGGCACAUUGUAUGGUUUCAUGUGUCUCUCAACAGAAGAGAGGCUCAUGGGAGAGUAAACAUCACAUCCUUUGGAUUUUCCUGGCAAAAAGUCCUUCACAUAAAAAGCAGUCUACAGGCUUUCAUAGACAACCUAGGAAGUCGGGGAAGGUUUAAUUUUUUAAGUUCUGUUACAAGCUGUUCACACAUUGGCAAUAAAAAGAAAUCAAUACAUUUAAUUUCUUACAUAUAGCCUCUUUAAGUUGUGGAGUAUUCAUAGACUUUGCCUCAUUCAUUGACUUCUGGGAAAAAAAAAAAAAAAAAAAAAACGGGCAUCCUAGAUAUAUUUGUAGUGAUAAACUGAUGUUAACGUUUUCUUAGUUUCUUGCUUUGUUCUGAAACAGAGACAAAUUGUUAUCAUGUGGCAUUUUUUUUCUUUGAUUUGGUUCACUUUCACAAGGCAACAAUUCAAAGCACACCAAAAUAUGUUUAUGCAAGUCACAUGUGAGUCUUCUCAUUGGUCAGAGUGCACCUGUUUAUGUCCAGGGAUUCUGCUCAUAGCAGCCCUCCUCUAAUUGAUAAAUUGCAUUUUAUAUAGUGAUCUCAAACUGAUUAUUUUGAUGCGGAUCCGAGCAUGAUAGCAGUGUUCAUAUAUGCCUUAACGAACCAAACUAAGGAAGAAAAUGCUACAGAUUUCAAAACACUCCAAACAAGACACCCUUAUAAACCAUUUAUUAUGCUGCAAUUACUGAAAUAUACCAGCCAGUUGGCCAGUAACUUGUUUCAUUUACUUGUCAAAAGCCAAUUUUUACUCGCUUUUGGCUCGAGUGUUUGUUUUGGACCCUGUGUGUAACCUUUUGCAGGUGUGAAGACCGUUGUCUGAAGAUUUUGAUUAGUCAGAUGUAAAAGUUUCCAGAAUGCUAUACAUGUCUUAAAAAAAACAAAGUAAAGAAAAGAAGUGUUUUAUUUUAAAUGUAAAUACAGAAAAGUGUUUGUAUUUGGACUUAACUUUGUAACUGUUACAACCAAAAAACCCAAACAGAAAUAACCCCUAAAAUAUAGGGCAUUAAUAAAAUCUUUUGUAUCUGGUUAGAAAAAAAUUCAAUUGUGUACAUACAAAAUUCUUCCAAUAAAUAUAUUUUGAUAAACCUUU